UGACAGAAAUCUUCUGCGUUCUGCGUGGUUCUGCGAUCAAUUUCUCGAGAAUUUACGAAGAAAAUUGGAAGGGAGGUCGGAGGUACCUAAUGUGAUGGUGUGACUAGUGCAUUUGUGGAAGUUGAUAAUUAAAUAUGUAGAUAAUCAAACCUAUUGUUAAUUUUGCGAUCGUUGUGAAACUAAAGUGCUCUUUUAUUCUCACGAACGACGAAGAAAGUUAAUGAAUACACUUUUGGUGAAUGAGAUAGACUGUAUUUGUUGCUAUAUUGGGAUACAAACAAAAUAAAAAAAAGAUAAUGUGAGCUUGAUCGAUACCGUAAACAUAAGUAGCAGACAUUUUUAAAACACGGUACGUAAAACCCCGUAAGUAUGUCGGGAAUACAAACGAGGGACACAAUGCCGAAGAUGGGUCACGUCACCGACCUGAGGGAGCAGUGGCUAGUGCGGGCCGACGGAGCCCUGGCGCACCGUCUGCAGGACCGCGAGAUAUCGUCCCACCUGUGCGAGAACAGGUACCGGAACCAACAGAUCCGGGAGGACUUCCCCGUAGCGCUGAGCGAGCAACGCGACAUCGAGCACGAGGUAUGGCUGCGGGAGCAGGCGCGCCGCCGCCAGGCCGAGCUGGACGCCGACAUCGCGCGCGAAAUGGCCGAGGUGAACCUGCGCCGCCACAGCCGCCACCAGCCGCCUGAGCCGCAGCGGCCGCCGCCCCGGCCCGGGGUCUCCGCCCGCCGCCCGCCGCCGCCCCCCGCCGACCUCGACCUGCGCCCGCCGCCCGACGUCGACCCCGACGAGCUGGGCCUGUCUGCCGCCGAACUGGAGGAGAUGCGGCGCCGCCUGGAGCAGGAGGAGAAAGAUGCCCGCCUGGCGCGGCAACUGAGCCAGCAGGCCGAGGGCCAGGACGACAUGCUCGCUGACAUGAGGUGCGCCGUGGAGGCCCAGGACGGGGAGCUCGCCCGCCUCCUCCAGGAGAGGGAGUACAAGAAGCUGCAGAGGGCCAAGGAGAAAGCGAGACAAAAAGCUCUGCUGAAGAAGCAGCAGCGCAUGGCUCAACAGCAGGAGCUCCCCCAACCCCCCCAGGCGACUCUCUGUGACGCCUACAGCAAUCCCCGAGACAUGAUCCGGCAAAACGGUAUGAGGUUGUGCAAGUCCGUGGACUCAGAUUUAAAUUAUGUUGAACCAUUCGAGAAGGAGCAAAUCCAGUCCAAAGCCAGUGCCCUGCUGUCCAAGGAGAUAUCGAAGCAAUAUUACACCCCGGGCUCCAGCGGUUCGAAUACCAACAACUUCCAUGUGCACACGCGCUCAUUCGACUUGGACAAGUCUACCGCCAGUACCUCAGUUCAUCACCGACAACCUCCACCUCCCCCCGCAACAGGCAAGAAGCCAAGAUUUCCGGAUCCCGUGAGCAUCCGCCCGGCCUCUCAUUAUCCAACAGACGGACCCAAUACUGAUAGCCCCACCACGUCUAUGUCACAUAGUGUGAGUGAGAACAACAAUCUCUACAAUGCCUCCUUCCAAUCUGAUCACAGUCAGGGUAGCCAUAGUUUUGAACGUUACACCCCGGAUCCAUCUAAGAGGCUGUCAGUCAUAUCGGACAUCACUCCCGAUGGCCUCGCUAAGAAAAAUAGCAAGCAAGCAGCCAUGCAGAAGAAAAGGCGAGGGUGUAAGAUCCAAUAGAAAUUCCCCUACAUAGUGUCACCGAAAUUGGUAUGGUACCUUUUUUAAUAUAUUUUUUUUAUACCAGGGAAUAUUGUUCAGGUUAAUUUUACUGGCAACAUAGUACAUUUGUCCGUUUUGAGGAUUUUUUAUUCAAUUGAACAAAGAAACACUACUUUUUUUACUCCUUGAUUUUUAUUUGUAGAAUCUCAAAAAAAAUUAAAAGACUUAAGAAACUCAAGCUCAAGAUUUUGAUAUCGACUCUUGUUACAUUUUUGUAUAACUUUAUAUUUUAUUUUGUAAAAAUAUUUUCUGUAUUACAUAAGUUAUAAUUUAUUUUUAGUUAACUGUAGAAGUACCUGCAGAACCAAUGAGCCAUUUAGGUUUUAAUCGUUUAGUUGUAUGAGUAUAAUUAUGUGGCUAUUAAAAAUAUUUUUUAAAGAUUUAUCUCUACAUUAAGCAUUCCAAUCUAGUGAUUAUUAUCAAUGUUAAAAUUAAACAUUAAAUAAACAUUCCAAAAUGUUACUACAAGAAACCACUAGUAGUAAAUAGUAAAGGCUGAAUCUCAUCUUUCUCAGUUCAAAGUAACUAUGAUACCUCUUAAAAACUAUAGUAACUAUAUUAAAACUUCAUACAUUAACAUAAUAUGACACACAUAAUUGCAUACUGUAUUGGUAGUAUAUUUUUGUUGGUAUUAUAUUUAUAAUAUCUCAUUAAAUGUUAUAAAUCACUUUAGGGUGACUUUAACAUGUUAUGUAGCUAUAUUAUACUAGCUGUCCUGGCAAACGUUUUG